AUGAACCAGACCGGAAACACCCAGGCCGCACGCGAGCGUGUUUCUCAAGUGGCCGGCCAAAUGCAAGCUUCUGGCAAGCCAUCGCUCCUCGAGAAGCACCCCGAUGAUGUCGUCGUCACUGCUGCGCUCCGUACCGCUCUCACCAAGGGCGGAAAGGGCGGGUUCAAGGACACCGCUGGCGCUGACCUUCUGACCGGCGCUUUCAAGGCCAUCAUUGAGCGCUCCGRUAUUGACCCGAGCCUCGUAGAAGAUGUUGCUGUUGGCUGCGUGCUCGCUCCAGGAGGUGGCGCCACUGAGUUCCGCGCGGCUUCCCUCGCUGCAGGUUUCCCAGAGUCAACCGCCGUGCACAGUCUGAACCGACAGUGCAGCUCGGGCCUGCAAGCAUGCGUCGAGAUCGCAAACGGUAUCCGCGCCGGAAUGUACGAAGUUGGUAUCGGAGCUGGGGUUGAGAGCAUGAGCACACAAUAUGGCCCUGGCGCAGUCACAGAGUUCUCCGAGGCGCUUCAAAACAACAAGGCUGCUGCAGAGUGCCAAGUUCCCAUGGGACAGCUGAGCGAGCAGAUGGCCCAGGACAAGGGCAUCAAGAGAGUGGAUCAAGACAAGUUUGCUGCCGAGAGCUACCGCAAGGCGAUUGACGCACAAAAGAAGGGCCUCUUUGACCAAGAAAUUGUUCCACUGAAGGUCAAGUGGACCGACCCCAAGACCGAUGAGGAGAAGGAGAUCACAGUUGCCCGCGACGACGGUGUGCGUGAAGUUACUGCGGAGUCCUUGGGUAAGAUCAGGGCAGCUUUCUCAAAGACUGGCUCAAUCCAUGCCGGAAAUGCAUCACAGAUCUCGGACGGUGCGGCUGCGGUACUCCUCAUGAAGCGCAGCACAGCAGAGCGUCUCGGUCAGAAGAUUCUUGGCAAAUACGUGGCAGCCUCAGUCGUCGGUGUUGCUCCUCUUCUCAUGGGAGUUGGACCAUGGAAAGCAAUUCCACUGGCACUUGAGAAGGCUGGCAUCUCCAAAGACGAUGUCGACAUUUACGAGAUCAACGAAGCUUUCGCAAGUCAAUGCUUGUGGUGCGCGAACGAGCUUGAGAUCCCUCAAGAGAAAAUCAAUCCAAAAGGCGGCGCCAUUGCUUUCGGCCAUCCCUUGGGUUGCACUGGUGCACGCCAAGUAAGCACGCUUCUUUACGAGUUGAAGAGGACAAACCAGCAGGUUGGUGUGACUAGCAUGUGCGUCGGAACUGGAAUGGGAAUGGCGGCCGUCUGGGUAGCAGAAUAG